AUGUUCAUUAUUCAGUAUUUCAUUGAUCAUUUCCUUUCUUAUACUAAGAAAAAUAGGUUUUCAUUUACUCAUUUGCACGACACUGAAUCCUUCUAUUUGUAUUCAGAUGAUGAUGAAAUUGUGGAAACAACAUGGGUUGUUAAAGUGGGUGACAAAAAUGUAACUGAUAAAGACCUACUCAAUUUCCUUAACAAUCACACGGAUGUUGGAGAAUUAUUCGAAAAAGCUAUGAAAGGGAAUGGUAGUGAUGCUACGGAUAAAGAUGGGAUAGAAACAGAAACAUCAUGGUUUACAGCACCAAGGAGUGAAAAACUUAACAAUGAGAAAAUUAUGAAGUUUCUGGAUAAGGACACUGAUUUGGAUCAUAUGCUAAGAACAUUAUUUCCAGCACAAAAAGAUGCAAAAAGCCCAAUUAAAGUAUUAUCAUCAAAGACAUUUUGGUUAUCGGAUAACUUUGAAAAAGAAUUAAAUGCUUUGGAUAUAACAGGAAUUUUGAAAAAUUCAACUGAACUCAAUAAUAUAAUUAAUGCACACCAAAUUCAUCUUCUCUGA